AAGAAGACACGAGUAACAACAAUCCUAGUAGAGGAAGAAGACUUUGGUGAAGAUGAUGCAACAGUGAGAGUCCUAGUGGAUGGAGAAGACUUAGGUGAAGAUGAUGCAACAAUAACAAAGACUUGUCUUAACGAGUUAGCAAUACUUUACCACAAGUAA